AUGGAUCUGCAGACAUCAGGACUGGUCUUUGUCAUCCUCUUGUCUAGUACAUUUGGAAUAGAGCUGAUUGAUCAUGGGUACACCGGUGUUCUGAUUGCCAUCAACCCAAAUGUCCCUGAAGAUCCAGCACUCCUUGAAAACAUUAAGGAGAUGUUGAAAAAUGCAUCAGACUACUUGUACAAUGCUGUUGGGAACAGGUUUUAUUUCAAGGAAGUCACGAUAAUGGUUCCUGCAAACUGGAAUGCAAUCAGCUCUGAAAAGGCUACAACUGAGAGGUAUAACGAGGCGCAUGUCGUUAUUGAUGAGCCAAACCCUGCGUAUGGAGACGAGCCCUAUACCCUCCAGUACGGCCAAUGUGGAGAUGAGGGCCAGUACAUCCAUCUCACCCCAAACUUCCUGCUAGAUGACCAGCUCACUGACGUGUAUGGAGAGAGAGGUAGAGUUUUUGUACAUGAAUGGGCUCACCUACGGUGGGGAUUAUAUGAUGAGUAUAGUGAGGAAGAGCCAUUCUACCUGUCUGGAGAGGGUAACGUUGAGGCGACAAGGUGUAGCAUAAACAUUACUGGUCAACAAUGCAUGCCUGGAGACUGUAAACCAUGUGAAACUAACAUUACAACUGGAUUACCCACUAGUGAAUGCAUGUUUGUUGUAAAUAAUUCAUCAUCUGCAAAAGAGUCAAUUAUGGCUAUUCAAGGCUUAGACAUUGUGAGUGAGUUUUGCACAACGGAGACUCAUAAUGCUGAAGCCCCAAACAGACAGAAUCAGAUGUGUGGUAACAGAGCAGCUCUGGACGUGAUCCUCAACAGCUCUGUGGAUGCUGGAGCUCCAGAACCGUCCUUCCAACUCAGCCCACAGCCAUCUGUGAAGAUUGUACAAAGGAAGGCCAGGGUUGUGUGUCUGACUCUGGAUGUGUCAUGGAGCAUGGGGGUAGUGACACCAGAUGACAUGGAUACACGGGGAGAUGAGAUUGUUAUUCUCACUGAUGACGGGCAGUUCCUUUAUGCAGCACAGAGUUUGGACUCCAAUGAAUUAGUAGAUGCAUUUGCCUCUCUUACAACCUCGGAUGGAAAUUUAACACAUCAGAUUAUCCAGCUUGAAAGCUCUGGCACUACAACCACUGAUUGGUUUAAUGGAACAUUUGCUGUGGACUGGACUGUUGGAAAUGGCACGGUUAUAACCAUUGUCUACGAAGCACACCUUCCCAGUAUAUUCAUCAGAAGUCCACAUGGGGACAUUUUCAAUGGGUCACACUUCAGUCAUGACGUUACAACAAAGACCUUAUCUUUGAAAAUACCAGGAACUGCAGAGGUUGGAGAAUGGCAUUAUAGUCUACUUAAUGAGCGUGACAGUGAAGAGGCGAUGGCUAUCACUGUAAUCACCCGUGCUGCCAGUGCUGAUGUGGCCCCUAUCAUAGUGAAAGCCCACAUGGACCAGAAGUCAUCUGAUGGAAGCAAAGCCAUGGUGGUCUAUGCAGCAGUCACUCAGAAGGGAUUACCUGUUAUAAUGGCAGAUGUCACAGCCACACUUGAGUCUGAUACUCAUCAUAAAGCAUCACUACAGUUGGUGGAUAGUGGAGCAGGUGCUGAUGCCUUCAAACAUGAUGGCAUUUAUUCAGCAUAUUUUAGUGAUCUGAUGUCAGGAAGGUACAGCCUGAAAGUGAGAGUGAAAAACCCGGACAAAGCCAGGAUCUCAAUGCACAGAAACAGUGGAGCAAUGUACAUCCCAGGAUAUGUGGUGAAUGGGCAAGUGGUGAUGAAUCCCCCAAAGCCUCCUGUCAAUCAUGAACCAGUGGAGGUGGGGAGCUUCAGCAGGACAGCCACAGGAGAGAGUUUUGUGGUGGAGUUAGGAACUACAGGCCCUCCACGUUUUCCUCCCUGUAAGAUCACAGACCUGAAAGCCAAUCUAGAGGGAGACAACGUCACUCUUACCUGGACUGCUCCUGGGGCGAGCUAUGACCAGGGAACAGAGGUGGAGAAGCCCAGCUUCAGGCCAAAAUACAACCUAGUGAAUGUGAAUGUGACCUAG